GAGUUUACACAAACAAUCCAAACACACUACACACACAAACAUGUUCAGUGUCACACACCCUCACUAGUGUAGGUUUAUCUCCCCCAUCAUUUUCUCCCAACCCAGCUCAAAUUCUAAACACAACCCACCUCAAUUCGCUCAUAAAGAUCCAACCUUUCUGCACAAAACCCCGUCAAAUCUCUCAGAAUGGUGGCCAAAACAGACAAGCCGACCGGCGUCGGAAAGCCAGAUCUAACCCCACAAACAACAACAACAUUGUCAUCAAUCUUGUCACUCAGAACAUUCAAACUCAAGACAAAGCAACAAGAACUGUUGAUCAGGGUAUCAAUCCUCUGUCUUGUUUACAUUUUGGCUUUUAUUACAAGGUUGUUUAGUGUGCUUCGUUAUGAAUCUAUGAUCCAUGAAUUUGAUCCCUAUUUCAAUUAUAGAACUACUCUUUAUCUGACUGAAAAGGGGUUCUAUGAGUUUUGGAAUUGGUUUGAUUCGGAGAGUUGGUACCCACUUGGGAGGAUCAUUGGUGGCACUCUUUAUCCUGGUCUUAUGGUUACUGCUGCUUUGAUUUAUUGGGUUUUGAGGUUCUUGAGUUUCGCGGUUCAUAUCCGUGAGGUCUGUGUUUUGACUGCACCGUUUUUUGCUUCGAAUACUACAUUGGUUGCUUACUUUUUUGGGAAAGAAUUGUGGGAUUCGGGGGCUGGACUUGUUGCUGCUGCUUUGAUUGCGGUUUGUCCGGGAUACAUUUCGAGGUCGGUGGCGGGGUCUUAUGAUAAUGAAGCUGUGGCGAUAUUUGCGUUGUUGACUACGUUUUAUUUGUUUGUUAAGGCUGUGAAAUUGGGUUCGCUUGCUUGGGGUUUGGCGUCAGCGUUUGGGUAUUUCUAUAUGGUUUCGGCUUGGGGUGGUUAUGUGUUUAUCAUUAAUUUGAUUCCGCUAUAUGUGUUGGUUUUGUUGAUCACUGGGAGGUAUUCUAUGAGAUUGUAUGUUGCCUAUAAUAGCAUGUAUAUCUUGGGGAUGUUGCUAGCUAUGCAGAUUCGGUUUGUUGGAUUUCAGCAUGUGCAAUCAGGGGAACAUAUGGCUGCAAUGGGAGUCUUCUUUUUGAUGCAGGUGUUUUACUUCUUAGAUUGGGUUAAGCAUCAGCUCAAUGAUAUAAAGUUGUUCCAAGCUUUCUUGAGGAUCACUGUAACAUGCGCAGUUGGUGUAGGCGCUGUUGCUCUGGGAGUAGGAACUGCUUCUGGGUACAUAUCCCCAUGGACUGGUCGAUUUUACUCCCUGCUGGAUCCAACUUAUGCUAAAGAUCACAUCCCUAUAAUUGCAUCUGUAUCUGAGCAUCAGCCAACAGCAUGGUCAUCUUUCAUGUUUGAUUUCCAUAUAUUGCUUUUUCUUUUCCCUGCGGGUCUCUAUUUCUGCUUCAAGAGAUUGUCAGAUGCCACCAUAUUUAUUGUGAUGUAUGGUCUCACAAGCAUGUAUUUUGCUGGUGUCAUGGUUCGCCUGAUUUUGGUCGCUACACCUGCAGUAUGCCUUAUUAGUGCUAUUGCAGUCUCAGCCACAGUCAAAAAUCUUACUCAGCUGUUAAGGGUGAAGAACAGGGUUGCUUCCUCUGGUCCUGGAAAAGGAUCAACAGGCACAAAGGCUUCUUCGAAGGGUUUGGGUGAUCAAUCGCUGCCUUUCCAGAAAAAUGCUGCUACAGCACUUCUUGUGGGUGCCUUUUACUUGCUUAGUAGAUAUGCUAUACAUUGUACUUGGGUCACAUCAGAGGCAUAUUCAUCUCCAUCUAUUGUCUUAGCUGCAAGGGGUCACAAUGGACAAAGGGUCAUUUUUGAUGAUUACCGCGAAGCAUAUUUUUGGUUGCGGCAGAAUACUCCUCAGGAUGCCAAGGUGAUGUCCUGGUGGGACUAUGGUUAUCAGAUCACUGCGAUGGGGAACAGAACUGUGAUUGUGGAUAAUAACACCUGGAACAAUACCCACAUAGCUACAGUUGGACGUGCAAUGUCAUCGUAUGAGGAUGAAGCAUAUGAGAUAAUGAGAUCACUGGAUGUUGAUUAUGUAUUAGUUGUUUUUGGAGGUGUUACUGGUUACUCCUCUGAUGAUAUUAACAAGUUUUUGUGGAUGGUGCGAAUUGGAGGAGGUGUAUUCCCUGUCAUUAAGGAACCUGAUUAUCUUGUGAAUGGAGAGUAUCGAGUUGACAAAGGGGCAGCUCCAAAGAUGUUGAACUGUCUCAUGUACAAAUUGAGCUACUAUCGUUUUGGAGAGUUGACAACAGAAUAUGGCAAACCUCCUGGGUAUGACAGAGCCAGAGGCGUUGAAAUUGGAAAUAAAGAUAUAAAGCUUGAACACUUAGAAGAGGCAUUCACGACAUCUAACUGGAUAGUCAGAAUUUACAAAGUAAAACCACCAAACAACAGGUGGUAAUGAAUAGCUUGCCCUCAGUUUGGGAUAGGAAAUGACUUUUAGAUUAUGAGUAGUCAAGUAUUUCAAAAGAUAUAGAGAUAGAACUACAUUUUGCUAAGCUUUAAUGUGUAACAUUCGCGGGGGCCUCUGAAUCCCGUCUUUCAGAAUUGGUUGUAGUCUCCCUUUGAAUUGUGAGGCACAAGUGCUUAACCGAAUGUUGCAGCAAAGUAAUCGUGUGGGUUGUUGCUUACUUUUCAAUUUACAACAUUAAGAGAUGUUCUAAAGUUUGCGUUUACUGUAAUGGUUUUAAUCCUUUA